AUCUGAAAAUUAUUUAUUCACAACGAAACGUUAUCUCAGAACAAUUCUCUUUAUACGGACACACUGACGUUGCACAGAAGGUAAUCAUAUGUAUAAAACAUGCUGGUUAAUCGCACGUUUUCUACACGUGAGGCAGCCUCUGUGAAACACUAUAUAAUCAGGGCUGCGCCGCCACAAGUUAACUGUUUUAGCUCCAAUGGUGGUGGCUGCUGCAGCCGAGCACCAAUAUGCUCGUGAAGCUGGUGCUGGUAACUUGUCUUGGCGUCGCAACUGCCCGUCCCAAAAUGCGAGGUGGGAAGGAGUUGGUCUUGCAUACUGGUGGUGGAGCAGAGUUGAUGGAGAAUCAACCAAGCGCUUUUUGUACCUCCAUCGUUAUAAUGGACAGAACCAUCACUUCUUCAAGCAUCGUGAAGGGCCUGCUCGAAAAGUCAACGUGGGACCAGCGGCAAAUGUUGGCAAUAUUUGAAGCAAAAUUAAAAGACACCAACAGCAGCUUUACUGACCACGCGUCGGAGGUGAUCACCUUUGCACGUCACGUGCGUCAGCUGUCGUGGUGCUCGAUUGUGGUGGUGGUAAGUUAUGACCCUGACUUCCUCGUCGCCUUCGCCGAGUGGUCUCUGAAGGGCCGGCUGCUGGUGUGGACCACCAGGCUUGUUGUGGUGAGCCACCUGACCCUUCCGAACCUCCAGGCUCUUCUGCCCGCCCACUGGACUUUCUCCAUGAUGAACACGGUCUUCCUCAAUAUGGAGGGCGACGUUGAGCAGCCCCGAUGCAGCGUGUACACAUACUUGCCAUACAGCCCGAAUGGCUCUCACGUUGUCAAGAUCGCCUUUUGGACACCAGCUCACGGAUUCAAAUAUCUUUCUUCCGUCUCCUUCUUUCAAGACAAAUUUGAAAAUUUCCACGGCGCCAAAGUGAACGUGACAUCUGGACCCUAUAUGCCUUACUGGGACGAGGAAGAGGUGAUGGUAUCUGAUGGUUCCAAGACAACUGUAUUUCGUGGUUCUGACUACCGCAUGUUGGAGGCCAUUGCCUCGGUGCUUAACUUUACUUUCCGGCUUCUUCCGACAUCUUCCUGGGUUGAGGUGACGAGACGGGUCGAGGAGCGGGUCUCACUGAUCGCCCCCAUUAUUUACGUGCUGCUCCCUGAACAAGUGGAGAGAUACGACUUCACCUACGUAUAUGAAAAUGCAUAUUUGUCAUUUGGCAUCGUUAAACCCGAUCUGGAGCCUCGAUGGAAGAGUAUUUACUAUCCCCUGUCCAUAGAAGUGUGGAUAGCAGUGAUUGGACAUGUCGUCUUCUUUCCAUUCCUUUUGUGGCAGCUCAUUCGUGCAGGACAUGAUGGACACCCAAACGUGGGUGUAGGGCCGGUGUUCAAGGACAUGGUGGGGAUGCUGCUCGGCCAGAACCUUCCUCGUCGCCUUUUAAACACCUCCUCUAGCAGAGUUCUGGUGGCUGCCUGGUUGGUGUUCGCCCUCAUUCUCGGUCUGGCCUACCGCGGCAACCUGACUGCCUCUCUCACCCUUCCCAAAUAUCCACCACGUCCAGAGACACUCGAGGAAAUCGUCGACCAUGUUGACAUGGUGACCAUGCCUAGUUACGGAGAAAAACACCGUAAGUUCUACGAGAAAUCAGAAUCUCCAUUGCUGCGAACUUUGGGCAGCCUUAUGAACCCUGGACCUUCACUGAUGGAGGGUCUCAAGAGGGCCUUGAUUAAAAAAAGCGCCCAUUUAGAUCCAAAAAAAUACAUUCAUUAUAAAAUUCUGGACGAAUUCACGGAGGCGGACGGCAGCACCCGUCUGUACGUGAGUCGUGGGUCCGUCUUUCCCUCGCCUUGCGGAUGGCCAAUCCCGCACGACGCGCCCUACAAGGCUCAGCUGGACAGGUUGAUCGUGGCCACCUUGGAGGCUGGCCUCUAUGAUAAGUGGACAGAGGAUCUGAUGAGAGAGACUCAGCUCAGGAGUCAGAGAAGAAAACGGCAGCGUCAGGCUGCAGAUAAGCAGGGCCAGACAGAAGCUAAGGCUGUAAAUGAGGAUGGUUUACCAACCCUCACCAUUAACCACACACAAGGCGCCUUCAUCCUCCUCCUGCUGGGUCUCAUUUUUAACACACUCGUAUUCUCCACUGAACUUCUAUGUAAGGCUUAAGUUUCUAAUAACAAUCAGUGACCUUAAAUCACUGAUUGUUACAUCCAUUUGGGGUAACGGUUCCUAAAUGGCAAAUCAGUCACCGUCUUAACCUUAAUUGACUAAGGAAACCGUAUGUUAAACAGAAAAAAAAAGAAAAAAUC